AGCAGGAGGGAAGGACGAAAGGAGGAAUUAUUAUUAUUGACAUACGCCUCGUUUCUCCAACAGCAAGGACUACUGUCCACGAGCAUUCGCUGCCUUCGCUCUUUCUCGCUCCGGUAGUGUGCUUUCGAUACAUCGGGGGUGCUUGUGGGAGGUCUGGCGCUGCCGUUCUGCUGUUGAUGUCGUGGAGUUCAACACAACCAGCGCAUCUGUAAAGGUUUUUUUCCCCCUUUUCUGUCUCUUUGCUUUUCGUUUUCUUGUUAGCACCCAGCGAAGGGUGUGUAUCACCGCAAUUAGAGCCAUUUCAUCGGCGGCAGCAAACAACACUCACCGCGAAACGUGUUAUCCUCCUUUCUCCUUCGUUCUCCACCACACGCCGUCUUCUUGACGGAGGCAACGAACUCACCCACUCGCACACACACACACACACACACACACAGACAGACAAAGACAAGCAAGAGAUAGAAUUUGUAGCGUCGACAUGGCGCUCUCUUCUCAGUGGAGUCAGGCGGUGGUCGUGCGAGCCACCGACGCGGGAGAGGUGAUUGUCCCUCCUCAACCGAACAACGGCACGGCGAGAGCGAUGGCCGCGGCGGGCAACCCGAUUAUUGUUCGGGCUCGCACUGCUGAAAACUUCGGCGGUGGGGUAUUCGGCGGCAUAGACGGCCGCGGCGUGGGCGAUGACCACCGCACCGGUACCGGUCGUCAGGGAUAUCUCUCCUCCCUCCUCAUCGGCUACGACAUCAGUCAAACCUUCUGGGUGCCGGACGCGGCGAAAGGAGAGAUGGGGCUGCUGGAGCACCUUAGCCGACGCGGCUCGACGAACCGGUCCUACGUGCUGCUGCAGAGCCGGCCCCUGGCGGAGCUGCAGGCGAACUUCUCCACCUGCACAGGCUACAACAUCGAUUUGGGCCACAACAUGUUCCGCCUGUCCAAGGCGGCCAUGGCGCUGCAACACAUGGACACGACGCUGGUCGACGGUGGGGAGGACUACGAGGACUACGGCGGCAACUCCGCCGAUGCCGCGGUGACGAGUGGGUCCAACUCGAACCCGUACAUGAGCCCCACCUCUCCCUCUCAAGGGUCGCGCCGACCCGGCUCGCAGCAGUCGUCGCAGCAGCUCAGCAUCUCCACUCGCGCCUUUAAAGCAUCUAUGCGUGCCAGUCUGCAGUCCUUACAGGAGGAAGACUACUACCUCGUGAAGUACCGCGACUACAGUGCCUGGGCCGUGUCGGAGUACAAGAGCAUCUGCAAGACGGACUCCAUGUUCGGCCGCAAGUACGUUGAGCAGUGCUUCGCGGUGCACGUAGGGCGCGAGCCGGGAGAGCUGAUCCCCAUGACGGAGGCACAGUUUCUCUACGGCGUCGACCUGCUCCAGCGACAGCUGAUGAAUCAACUCACGAACGUCCCGUCGCGGCAGCCGGCCGGGUGGGGCGGGGCCGAUCCAAAUCAGAGCAGCUAUCAGCAGUAUCAAAUCGACAUCAACUACAGCGCCCUCAACGCGGACCAGUUCCGCUCCCUGGGGGCGCUGUUGGGGGACGGCAUGCGGCAGGUCGGCGUCGAGGGCGAGGAGAAGAAGCGCGAGGAGCAGAUGAAAGCCGACGCACGUGGGCGUGCACGCGGUGAUGACUACUACGACUACACCCCGCCUGCCUGGUACGACUGGACGCCCGGGGCGGUCCGCGCCCGUGUGCAGCACCGCUUGCAUGGGUACUAUCGCAGCGUCGGUCAGCUCACUGUGCAGGUGGCGGUGCUCGGCGUGUGCGGGUUUUUACUCUACCGCACGGUGAAGGAUUACCUUCCUGGCCCCUCGAAGAACGUGGACGUUUUGAAUGACGAUAGACGCCGUGGCGGUCGCGGCGGUGGUGGCCGACGGCGGAGCAGAAGCUACGAUGAUGACUACGGCUACGAUUACCGACCCGGACUGUUUCGGAGCAUCUUGAUGGGACCGAAGGAGGUAUUCGAUUACCUCCUCGCUCCUUCACCGGAGCAGUAG